AUGGCUGAUGUUGGUGAUCCAGAAAUGUCAAGAUCCUGUAAUGCUCCCAUUGGGCCAAGAGUGAAGCAGAGGGGUCUCUUCCCUGCCCCCUCCCAGCCCAUCAUCUUCACAGAAGUGCUACUUAACCAAGAGGACCACUUCAACCUUACCACAGGAGUAUUCACCUGCACCCACCCUGGCGUGUACCACUUUGGCUUUGAUAUUGACUUGGAUCAGCAGGCUGUCAAGUUAGCACUGGUGAAAAAUGGUGUUGAUAUCCUUGAGAAGGAAGCCAGGGCUGAGGACAACAACCAGCAUGUGUCUGGAACUGCCAUCAUAAAGCUGGUCAUGGGAGAUAGGGUCUGGCUGGAAUCCAAGCUAGAUGCUACGGAGACUGAGAAAGGAUUGAUUCAAAGUGUGUUCUUUGGCUAUUUGCUCUAUGAAAAUCAUUCUGGCUGA